UGAAGACAGAAGAGAUGCAGAGUGCGACCAUUAUGGCCUGACCUGUGAGUGUGGACAAUAAGUAUUAGCCUAAUGUUGUCAUCACCGAUUUUUAACUGGUGUAGCGGGCCACUAGAGCUUCCACCAGAGUUCUCUGGCAGCUGAUCAGGUCAUCUGGUACCCUAGUUAUUUGGAGUUCAUGCUCCAUGCUUUCCUAUGCCUGCCCACCCAUAGGGAGCCCCAUUAGCCAGUUCCUAGUCAGUCAUGCCCUAUGAGCCAUGUUCUGUUUGCCAUUUGCCAUAGUUGCCAAUGCCAAAAUCAGGGAUGCUCUGAAAUACGAAAAUGGGAGGGAGAUUUGUGGAUCCAGUAUUCGUGUGGAAUGGGCAAAGGGAAAUCCACGACGACCAUAUUCCUCAUCAUCAAGAGGAGGUGGAGGCAUGUAUGACGAAUGUUACCGCUGUCACAGAACUGGUCACUUUGCACGAGACUGCCCCAAUGACAGUUCUUAUGGUUUCCGUCGGUCCAGAGGAGGAGAAAGGGGUGGUGGUGGUGGUGGUGGUGGUGGACGGUAUGGCUCACGGCGAAGAAGCAGGUCUCGGUCCAGAUCCCCUUACAGACGCAGAAAAUCCCACUCUAGAAGUCGCAGCAGAAGCAGGGAUAGGAGAAGGUCAAGAUCUGGUAGUCCUGACAGGAGAAGAAGCCGUUCAAGAAGCAUGUCAAAAUCUCGCAGCCGCUCAAGGUCCGUAAGUCGUUCCAAGAGCCGUUCACCAGUCAAUGAAGGUGGUGAUGCUAAGGGCAGAUCUCGUUCCCACAGUCCUCCUUCAGAUCAUGAGUAGUAUGGCAGUCAUGUUACUAGCUGUGUGAUUUUUAAGAAGUGUAACAGUGACUUUGGUUGACAAAGACAGCAUUUCAUCAUUUUUUAGUCAUAAACAAUCAUUAUGUUCAUUGUUUUGGCAUUUUAAGAAAAAAAAGAAAUCUCAUUGUUUUAGGGGAAAAUAUCAAUAAAUUUCUUUCGAACACA